GUGAGGGGGGUCCGGGGAGGGAUCCCGGGGGUCCCGGGCCACGUUCCCUUUGGAAUCCCACCGCCCCCGGGUGCGCCGCCUCCUCGGCCUCUUUGCCUUUACUUCUUGUCUUUUUGCUUCAUUGCCGGUUUUUUUCCCAGCGGCGGACAGAAAGCGGGCAAGGAGAGGAGCUUAAAAAUAGCAGCCCUCAGAUCCCGCAGGCCUGAGGGGCGAGAGCGGUGUGGGGUUUUUUCCCCCCCCAAAACAACCCCAGAAAUGCUCCCCAGCCACAGCGGAGCUGGCGGGAGACGGAAAUUCCAUCAGCAUCCGCUGCGCUCAGUGCAUUCCAUCAGGGGAGCGAUCCCCGCUUCCUUGGAGAGAGCCCUCCUUGGAUAGAUAGAGCGCUCCUUGGACAGAGCCCUCCUUGGAUAGAGCCCUCCUUGGAUGGAUAGAGCCCUCCUUGGAUGGAUAGAGCCCUCCUUGGAUAGAACCCUCCUUGUCCGCCGCCUUUGUGUCCUGGCCUCCAGCUCCCUCCCGACGUUCUGAAAAACCUCAGGGAUCACUUUUCAGGAGAGAUCCCUGCGGACCUUCCCUUUGAAAUGAAUGAAGCAGCCCCACUGUCUUCCUCCGUUAUCUAAAAACACGGCCACGGGUAUGGUUUCUGUGAGACAAUUGAGGGCUUGGGUGUUUGGGCUGUUUUCCCGUGGUUUUGAGGCCAGUGGAAAGUUUCCACCGUGCCUAUAGGUGUGGUACAUCCCUCAGUCCUGCCCGAGGAUUUGGGAUUGACAUCUGGAUGCGUCGCCGCCACGGGCAGCCUGACGUCUGGAUUUUUUUGGGCUUGUUGGAAAAUGAGAGCCCGAGGCUCAGCAUCGUCCCGCGGAAGGAGCUGUGUCCUGAUGGCCGUGGAUGUGGGAAGAUCACCUUCUGAGGAGUCGCUGAGCGGGAAGGGCGAGGCCGAUGGCAGGUGGGACACGGAGAGGGACUUCCCGGAGCUGGCAGGGAGCCUGCACCAGCUUCUAGGGACAGAGGAAGCCAAGCCCAGCCUGCAAGGGACAGAGGGUGUGGCAGUGAGCAGACACAGUCACAUGGCCGCUGACCUUACCCACCGAGGCUCCAGCUGCCGCCCACAAGUGUCUUCAGCAUCUACAUCCAAACUUACCAGAGCAAGAGCAAACUCCUCAGGGAGAGAGUUCUUAGUGGAUACCAAUGCUGAUGGUGACCCUGUGCCUUGUCGAGCUGGCCGCUGGUUCCUCUCCUCAAAAGAGCAGCAGGUGAAGGCAUCGGGCUGUUGGGAGCCGGUGUCCAGCCCUCCCAGCCGGCGCAGCUCUGCCGAGGAGAACAUCUCUGCUGGCAGCCACCACGAUGCCCAUGUUGGCUGUCGGAGACAAAGUCUGGGAGCUCAGUCCCCGUGUCCUUCCACCCCAGAGCUCCUGCGGCCCCAAACCCCGCCCAGCCCCCGGAGCCGCUCCGUGCUGAGUUUCUCGGCCCUGUCCUCAGAAGGAAACGGCCCCUCCUUGGAGCCGUCCGGGAGCUUGCGGGCCAGCACGGCCAUCCCUUCUGCAGCCACCACGGCAGCCCGGGAGCUGAGCUGCCGGUGGGCAGUGGAAGGCAGCGCCCUGCAGAGGCGGCAGCCCCCGGGCGCUCUGCUCGAUUACCGCAGCAGCGUGGGGCGCGUCCGGGAGAUCUCCUCCUACCAAGCCGAUUACUGGGCCUGUGCCAUUCCAGAUUCGCUGCCCCCGUCUCCGGACCGCAGCUCGCCCCACUGGGACCCCAACAAAGAGUACGAGGACUUGCUGGACUAUGCUUACCCGCUAAAGCCGAGGUACAAGCUGGGAAGGAUACCAGAGCCUUUCCUCCAUGACUCAGGAAUAGAUCUGGACAGCUUUUCUGCUUCUCCUGAGGGCAUGUCCAGGUCCACCAGCAUCUACGGCCGAGCUGGGCAGGCUCGGGGAAGCACAGAAAAUGGACUUUGGGAGUUUGUGGCCUCUGCAGAGAGAUUCUCCACCCCAAGGCCUGGGAAAAGAGUCUUCUCAGGAACUGGCUCAUACUUGGAACCUUCACCUAUUGCCAAAGCAUCAUUUGCAAGGAGUGCUUCCUCUCACCUUUCCAGAGGUGUUGCUAAGGAUGAAUCAUCUGGGCCAAGCUCACCUGGGCACCUUGCUGCCAGUGGGAGAAGCUGGGAUACCAGAGGAGGCUCCUGCCGAAACUACACAGGGCGGGUGAAAAGCACCAGUGGGUUUUUACCCACCACAGGAAUGCUCCCCCUGAGGAAGGAGUGGGAGAGUGAUGAAGAAUUUCUUUCCCUGCCUCCAACACUGAAGGAGCUGGAAAGGCUGGCUCAGUUUUUGUCCAAUCUCUCCUUAACAAUAAGGACUCCUGGGCACGACCACCAUAACCUUCCACAUCACAGCACCAGCAAGCAGCCCCUUUCCUCUCGGUUGGCUCCUUUUGAAGAAGUGAGAGGUGGGGAUGACAGAGGGAGUACUGAGGGUUAUGCUGGGCGGUGGCAACACCGCAGCUCCCGAAAGCCCAGCUGGGAAAACACAGAAUUGUACAGCUGGAUCCACAGGGAUCCUCCCCACAGGCUUCAUCUACCAGCUGGUCUCAGGGACACAUUGGAUAGGAUGUGCCUAAAUGAACCACGGGUCAAAGGGGAUCCAAAGGAGAGCCAGCAGAGCGAGUCCCUUAUCCAGUGUGUUAAGAUGUUUUGCUGCCAGCUGGAAGAGCUGAUCCGUUGGCUGUACACCGUGGUGGAUGUCACCGGCAGCUGGGUGCCACCCUCGCCCGACGCCGAGAGCGUCUUGGCAUCGCUGCGCCGCUACCUGGAAUUCAGGAAGGAUGUGGCCGACCACCGGAGCCUGACUGAGAGCGUGCUGGAGAGGGGAGAAGCUCUCCUGGACUGCAUGGCAUCGAAUUCACCAGCCUUGAAAGACACGCUGGCUCUGAUUGCCAAACAGUCGGAGGAGCUGGAAAGCCACGCAGAGCACCUGUACAAGUCCAUCCUGGCUGCCGUGGGGGGCAAGGACGCGGGGCAGGACACGGAGGGCUCAGCACACAGCUGCUCCCUGGGUGCUGCCUCCAUCAGACCUAGGCUGCGUUAGCCCAUCUCAGGAGGGCUGAGAAGAACUGCAGCAAGCACCAAACCACCUCCAUCACCUCUCCAGAGAUGCCAAAAUCUGUGUCCAGCUGCCCACGGGGCUGAUUACAGUGUGGUUUUGUACCAUGGCAUGAGAAAGGUGCCCCAUACAGCAGGUGUGCUGGGAUGUCCAGAGUUGUGUCAGGAAUGUACAGCUGGUUUGUUUUUUUUAACAUAGCUUCCCUUUUUUUAUUGAAGUGGGCUGUUCUGUUAGCAAAACGUCAGGAAGUUUUUUAACUCAGCAAUCCAUAGUGUGCCGUGCGCUCGCUAAGUAAAGCCGUGAUUUUAAUAGCCCUGUUCUCAUGGUUUGUUUAUGCCCGUCAAAAAUAGGUGUGAGAAGCCAAGAAAUAGCAACUCCUUCUGGUUCUUGGGAGCAAACUGAAGGUCUGUUUAUAAUUACCACUCCCUGCUGAAGCAGAGCCUACUUAACUUUCAAUUUUGUUAUUCAUAAACACAAAAAGCUGUAAUACUGAAUCCAAAUAAAAUAAUAAAGAAGCGAGUUCAGGCAGGGAGGAGCCAGGUUCUGUGUAACCUGCUGGUACCUGCUGUUGGCAGGAGCUGUGUUAGUGCUGUGCUGGUUUCCUGGGGUGAAAUUGUGCCUUCCCACUUCUAGCUACUGCAGUUAAAUCACUGCUGAUGACAUCAAGAGUUUCCAAACCCCAACAGAAAAAGGGCAGCUCUGAAGCAGCAUAAUAAGGUAAGUGGCCAAGAAAAGUUACAGAAUGUUGGUAUGUGGCUUUAAUUAACCUUUAACUUGAACGGUGAUGAUGUAUUCUGUACAAGAACACUAUAGCUUCCUCCCAUUCCUGUGAACAGAACACAGAGAAGUUUCUGUUCUGCACAAGUAGGUGAAAGCAAAGUUAAACUGAAGCAGUUACAGCAAAUAAUUCAUUUAGGUUUGUGAAGGAGGAUUAAUAUUCUCCCAUCUUCUACAUCCUUGGCUUGAAGGGCAAGUUUUUUUGGCCCAUUGUGGCAAAAGUAUUCAAUAUUUCAGCUCACAGGUAAGAAACCACAGUGCUUUUUCCCAGGAGUUUUAGGCCUGCUGUACCCUCAUCACACAGCUCAGCCAAGCCCAGGCUUCAGCAUGGAACAGCACCAGCCCAGAGACCCACUGGUGACUGAGGGGGAACAAAGAACCACCAAACACCUGGUGUAGCCCAACUGGUUUUGCAAUGCUUUUAUUACUGUAUAUAUUAACAUUGGUUUGGAUAGUAUGUAGCAGGCAUCUCAACAUUGAAGUUCAUUUGUGCACUCUCUGCAGGGAAGAUGUUUUGCCCUCAACACACCUCAUUCCGCUUCACUUCCUGAUCUCAGCAGCGCUCACUGCUCCUCUGGAGCAGCAGGUCACAUUUAUAAUGAAUUAUACCAACAAGCACAUCUCUACUAGAAAGCACAUCACUUUAUUGUGAAGGUCUCAAGUGGAAGAGUUCAACUUAACCAUGACAAUACUUUAUGUAUUACAAUUGCCUGUUGAUUUAUGCAACUAUGUUGAAGAAAGCUGUUAGCCAAAGUCACCCCCCCCCAAAAAAAAAAAAAAAUCAGAGGAUAUUUGCACCAGUUUUAGUUUAUACCUCACAACAUACCUAGGCUAUAUUUUUACUAUCACAGGGUGUAUUUACUACUAGGGGAAUGUUACAUGGUCUUUCAAACAUGAGACUAUUUACAGAAUAGGCUGAACAUUUGAGUUUAGAUAAAGCUGAACAAUUUUACAUGUAUAGGAAGUGUUAUAGGCUAGCUUUCCUGUGGCUUUUAGCUAGACAUCAGGCACUAAUGAUUUGAUUAGCUCUGUACAAAGAAUCACACACCAUCCAAAACCUCUUGGCUGCUGGUUAGUUCCAAAUUGUUUGAGAAAGCGCCUACUUGGAGCAACAGUUUGGUGGGGGCCUUGCUAUCCCCGUGUCACCCUCCUGGUGCCUCGCUGCACAAGGGAAUAGAAGCUAAGCUGUUGCACUAAGUCAGAAGAUACUGAUUAAAAGAGGGUGGAAUUAACAGUAUAUAGAAAAGACAUAACAUACUGGUAGAAAGUUAUACCUCCUCAAGGUUUCGCUGAAAUCGUUCACAUUAGGGAAAUACUGUUCUCUCCCCUGCUAGGCAAAGCUGAUGGGAAUUCCCUGCAUGGAGUCCUUGAGAAAUAAAUUAAGUUCCAAGACUAAGUUAGGGAACUGUUGUA